UGGUGAACUGCAUCUCAUCUAAGGGUUAGCUGCUCUUUCCAGCUCUCUGGCCUCCCCAGCAUGAGCCGCCAAUUCACCUGCAAGUCGGGAGCUGCUGCCAAGGGGGGCUUCAGUGGCUGCUCAGCUGUGCUCUCAGGGGGCAGCUCGUCCUCCUAUCGAGCGAUGCACAAAGGGCUCGGCGGGGGCUUUGGAAGCCGGAGCCUGUACAGCCUGGGGGGUGCCCGGAUCACCUCCUUCAACAUGGCCAGCGGCAGUGGGCGGGAAGGGGUUUAUGGUUUUAGCCGAGGCCGGGCCAGCGGCUUUGCUGGCAGCAUGUUUGGCAGUGCGGCCCUGGGGCCUGUGUGCCCGACUGUGUGCCCUCCAGGGGGCAUCCACCAGGUCACCAUCAACAAGAGCCUCCUGGCCCCACUCAACGUGGAACUGGACCCCAAGAUCCAGAAAGUUCGUGCGCAGGAGCGGGAGCAGAUCAAGGCACUGAACAACAAGUUCGCCUCCUUCAUCGACAAGGUGCGGUUCCUGGAGCAGCAGAACCAGGUACUGGAGACCAAGUGGGAGCUGCUGCAGCAGCUGGACCUGAACAACUGCAAGAACCACCUGGAGCCCAUCCUCGAGGGCUACAUCGGCAACCUGCGGAAGCAGCUGGAGGCGCUGUCCGGGGACAGGGUGAGGCUGGACUCGGAGCUGAGGAGCAUGCGGGACGUGGUGGAGGACUACAAGAAGAGGUAUGAGGAGGAAAUAAACAAGCGCACGGCUGCUGAGAAUGAAUUUGUGGUGCUUAAGAAGGACGUGGAUGCAGCUUACAUGAGCAAGGUGGAGCUGCAGGCCAAGGUGGACGCUCUGGACAGAGAAAUCAAGUUCUUUAAGUGCCUGUAUGAGGGGGAGAUCGCUCAGAUCCAGUCCCACAUCAGCGACACAUCUGUAAUCCUGUCCAUGGACAACAACCGGGACCUGGACCUGGACAGCAUCAUCUCCGAGGUCCGUGCCCAGUACGAGGAGAUCGCCCUGAGGAGCAAAGCUGAGGCUGAGGCGCUGUACCAGACCAAGUUCCAGGAGCUGCAGCUGGCAGCUGGCCGGCAUGGGGAUGACCUCAAAUACACCAAGAACGAGAUCUCAGAGCUGACUCGGCUCAUCCAAAGGCUGCGCUCGGAGAUCGAGAGUGUGAAGAAGCAGUGCUCCAACCUGGAGACGGCCAUUGCCGAUGCUGAGCAGCGGGGCGACUGUGCCCUGAAAGACGCCCGGGCCAAGCUGGACGAGCUAGAGGCUGCCCUGCACCAGGGCAAGGAGGAGCUGGCCCGGAUGCUGCGCGAGUACCAGGAGCUGAUGAGCACCAAGCUGGCCCUGGACAUCGAGAUUGCCACCUACCGCAAGCUGCUGGAGGGCGAGGAGUGCCGGAUGUCUGGAGAAUACACCAAUUCUGUGAGCAUCUCAGUCAUCAGCAGCUCCACGGCUGGGACCGCGGGCGCAGGAGCCGGCUUUGGGAACAGCGGCGCCGGCACCUAUGGCUACUGGCCCAGCUCUGUCGGUGGGGGCUGUGGCAUCCCACCUGCAGGCUGUGUCACUGGCAGUGGGAACUGCAGCCCCCGUGGGGAGGCCAGAAGCAGGCUGCUGAGUGCAAAUGAAUUUAAGGACCCACCAGGAAAGACCCCAGCUCUGAGCUCACCCACCAAGAAAACCACGAGAUAGAGUGAAGCAGUCGUCUGGGCACCUUGCUCUGGUUUCUCCUGAACCCUCUUGUCCAGGAAAUUCCUGUCAUGCAUGUUACCGUCAUCUUGCUUUCCUUUGCCACUGACAUUUCCUCUCUUUGCAACUCCCUGCCUUAGUCUUUCUUCAUCUAGAAUCAGGAUGCUGGCCCCUUCUUCUGCCUCCAUCCCAAGGGACCUCUCUUAACCCAGCCUCCCCUUCCUGAAGCGUUGCCAAGGACAGAGAGCCGACCCUUUCUCUGGACGGCAUGCCCCCUUGCCGAGGAAGGUUUUCUUUGAAGGGCAAUCCUAGUUGCUCCGCUGCCUUCCAUGCCCUGGCUUAGGUAGUUGUUGGGCCAUGUGCCCCACGAGACUGCAGGUCCACGGAUAGACCUGCAAGGACCGUCUCCUGUUAGAGCCACAUCAGCUCUGGUUGUCACUGUACCUGGCCUGGUCCCCGCGGACUGUCCGGCUGGGAGUACCCCUGCCCGCUGGUCCCAUCAACGAAGGGAUUUGUGCUCAGUAUGUGAGUUCUGGUCCACGUUCAAGCUUCUCUUCCCUGCUUCCCCAUCUCACCAAAAAAUCCGUACAACUCAUGCAGGCCCGGGCUGCUUCUCUCUUCUAAGGGAAUCCUUGUCUCAGACCACACCUCUUCUGUAUGUAGAGGUCAGCAGCUUGGAACACGGGGCUUUGAAGGUCCAGCGUCUUCCAGAGUCCCAAAGCAUCUUUUGAUCUGACUACAAGAGAUCCUUGCAUGGACAGCAGGCCCCACCAUCACCAAUACUGGAUUUGGUGACACGCAGGAUUCAUCUCUGUCCCCCAUCCCCAGCAGAAGCACCUUCUAGGUCGUGCUUUUCUCAGGUCAGUGCUCCAGUGAGUGGGCACCCUUAAGAACAUUCAGAUGACCAGCAGAGGGAGGGAGCCAACACCUGUCUUGUGGCAAGAUUUAAAACUGCUCAAGAGGCAGCAGAAGGCCACUUCCAGAAAGCCUGGGACUCUGGUCAUGGCUCUCCCUUGUUUCCUGGGGAAAGGACAAGGGUAGAUUCUCUUUAAAGUAAUGACCCAUGUUCUCUUGGUCCUUGGUGACGUGUCACAAUGUUGAGAAUGGACGGGAUUGUCUGUGUAUGUGUGUAUGAGUCGUGUUUAAGCAGGGGGCCAUCUCUGUUUCACACCACUCGGUUUCCAAAACACUCUGUGCUCAGAGAUUUGCCAUAGGUCCCCAGGCCAUGAGGAUGUUGUCAGGAUGGGACAGGAGACAGACAAAGUGAGAGGCCAGUGCACAUUCAUGCUGGGGUUCCCAGGUGCAUCAGAGCAGGGUCACUGUGGGUCCAGAGAGAAUCUGAGAGUUCAAGUCAAUAGACUUGAAUUCAGAUUCAGUCCCUGUGACUAAGUGAUGAUCAUGAGCGAAGCUCUCAAUCUUUUUGACCCUCAUUUGUUUUUCCAGCUAUAAAAUAAGCAGAAUUACACCCCCGGGUUGUUUUGUGCAAUUCCUGGUAAAAAGUUCACGCCUAAUAAAUGUUAGUGGAAAUGGAA